GGUUUGUUGUCAUUCCUGAGUGCCCCCCUGAUCGGCGCCUUGUCUGACCUGUGGGGUCGCAAGUUCUUCCUGUUCAUCACCGUGUUCUUUACAUGUCUGCCCAUCCCGUUCAUGAAGAUCAACACAUGGUGGUAUUUCGCCCUCAUCAGCAUGUCGGGGGUGUUCGCCGUCACAUUCAGCAUCGUGUUCGCCUACGUGGCCGACGUGACCGACGAGACCGACCGCAGUAGUGCCUACGGCCUGGUCUCGGCCACGUUCGCUGCCAGCCUCGUCACCUCCCCGGCGCUCGGGGCGUACCUGGGCACUGUGUUCAGCGAUGACCUGGUAGUGGGCUUGGCGACGGCGAUAGCGGUGCUGGACGUCUUUUUCAUCCUGGUUGCCGUGCCGGAGUCCUUACCGGAGAAGCUCAGAUUAUCUUCAUCCUGGAGCGCACACAUCUCGUGGGAGCAGGCAGACCCCUUCUCGGCUUUGUGGAAAGUGAGCAAAGAUCGCAAUGUCCUUCUCAUCAGUGUGACAGUGCUCCUGUCUUACCUGCCCGAAGCUGGCCAGUACUCCUGUUUCUUUGUGUACCUCAGCCUGGUUAUGGAUUUCACUGCACCAAUGGUUGCAACAUUCAUUGCUGUGGUGGGCAUCCUCUCCGUUGUCGCACAGACCGCGUUGCUGAGUCUGCUCAUGAAGCAGCUGUCAAACAAACAUGUUAUUAUGGUGGGCCUCGUAUUUGAGAUGCUCCAGCUCAUGUGGUACGGCUUUGGCUCAAAGAUGUGGAUGAUGUGGGCAGCGGGUCUUCUAGCAGCUGUAUCUUCCAUCACCUACCCAGCCAUUAGUGCCUAUGUCAGCACUCAUUCUGAUGUUGAUAAGCAAGGAGUCGUGCAGGGGAUCAUUACCGGGAUGAGAGGCCUUUGCUCUGGUCUCGGCCCCGCAGUCUUCGGCUUCAUAUUCUAUCUCUUCCAAAUGGAUCUAAAUAUAGACAAGGCAGAAGGUGGAGAGCAGAGACCCAACAGCUCAGCCUCUGGGAACGGCACCUCCCACCACGUCACCAGUAGCCCAAAGCUGGUGCCUGGCCCACCAUUUGUCUUUGGUGCUCUAAUGGUUAUCUGUGCACUGCUGGUGGCUGCAUUCAUACCAGAAGAAAGAUCGUCAAAAAAUCGUAAACAAUCGGGAAGCAAUUUAGAUAUAUACGAGAGGGGACACAAGAAGGAUGAUGGAAUGGACACGGCGUCGUUGCCAUUAAUGGACGAGACGGGAGUGCUCUAGCCCUUUUAGUGAAGGAUAGAAAGAGAAAUUAUACAAUAAAAUGAUGGAAAGAAAGAGGGGAGGAAAAAAGAAAGAAAGUCAGAAAAAAGCUUUAUGAUAAUGGACAAAAGAUUAUCUUGGUUGAAGUAGAUGAAGCAGUAGAGAAUGGACAUUGUGUAAAAUAGGAUUAUUUUGAAUGAUUUUGUUUGUAAGGAAAGGGUAAAAGAAAGAAAGAAAGAAAGAAAGGAAGAAAGACAAAAAAUAGAAGGGGGGAAAGUGUGAUUUGCUUUCCAUUUUUUUCUUCUUCUUCUUCUCUUACUUUUUUAUUAUUAUUAUUAUUUUAUUAUUUUUUUUUUUUCCCCUUUCCUCGUAUUGUGAUUGACGAGUCAUGAUGGCGAUGGUGCGAAUACAGUGGCUCUGUGGGGGUAUUUCUUGGGAGGCAUGUGACCUUGGCAUUCAUUUGACUGUGGCGAUGCAGUGCUGGAUGAGAAAGUGCUAUCAUUGUUACUACUAUUGUGGUUAUUUUAUUGGUAGUUGUAGUUGUAUUAGAAGUAUGUAUUAUUAUUGCUCUUGUUAUAUUAUUAUUGCAAUUUUUAUUAUGAUUAUUAUCAUCAUUAUUAUCAUGAUUAUUGGUAUGGUUAUUAUUGAUUUUGAUAUUGGUAUUAUUAGUAGUAUUAUUGACAUGAUUGGUAUUGUAGUUGGUGAAAUGACUGAUAUGAUAUAAUAAUGAUUUUUUUUUAUUGAUAUCAUUAUUAUAAACAGUGCUUGAUUACUAUUAUUUUUUGAGGAGUGUUAGUUGGUAAUAAUUUUUUUUAUAUCAGUAUUUUUAGUAGAAGCAGACAACAUUUCUGUCUUCGUAAUGUGGUGUCUCUCAAGGUGACAGAUGAUAAAGACUUUGAUAAUUAGUUAUGAAUGAGAAACUGAAAAAGAAAAGAAAGAAAGAAAAAAAUAAAGGAGAAAAGUGCACACUUGCAGUGACUCAAUUUUUCUUAAAGUUUGAAGCUUUUGAAAUGACAAACCAGCAAGAAGAGAUAUACUGGAAAACACCAUAUAUAUACACAUUGAACUUUUGUCUUUUAGAUUUAAAAAAAAAACUCUCUCUGAUUAUAGACAAUGUCACAAACAGAAGGGAUAAAAAAAAGGAAUAGAACAGCUAACAGACACAUUUGGUGCUGGUGGACAGGAAACAAUGGAUGAAAAAUCUCUUCUCUCGACUUUAUACAGUGUGUAAAGUGAUGACAGAUUGUUGUUGUUGGUGGUGAUUGUUUUUUAUUUUUUUUGUCUUUCUCUUUUUCACUUUUUUUUUUCAUUUUGAAUAUGUAGUUGUAUAAAUACUGGAAACCAGAUAGUGACUGAUUUUUGAACUCAAGAUUUUCUUUGUUGUGAAAUUCUUCUCUCUUUUCUUUCGCUCUCUUUCAAAAUUGAAGACCUUCGACACAUAUCAGAUGUAUGAAUAGCAUGGUGUUCACAUUUUCUUUGUCAUUUUCGAUCCCAUCUUCAUUUUUUUUCUUAAUUUUUAUCUCGAGAAUAAAAAUCAAAAAGAUGAAGCGUGUCUGUGAGUGUGUAUAUGUGUGUGAAUUCAUAUAGAUAUUAAAAAAAAAGAAGAUUUUAAAAGGAUUAGAAAAAGAACACAAAAGCUCAUAGAUUCCUCGUUUUGGAAUGGUAUGCCGUUCAAGCAUGCAUACAGUAUUUUCCGAGGAUGGACCAAGGUCUUUAAGGUUGCUUGAUUCUACAGGCAUUUUAACUGGUGCUGUUUCAUGCCGCUGCUAAUCUGAGACUCGUUGGGUUUGGGUAUGCCCCAAAGCAUGCCUUUUUGUGAUAAACUUUAAAAAAAAAAAGAACUGAAUAAAGUAUAUUAGAUAAAAUGAAGUAAAUGAAUGCAUGCUUGCAAAAACAAAACAAAAAAAAAAAAAAACAAGAAAAAAAAAAUGCUUGGAGAUAUGCAUCGCCACUGGCAAAGAGUUGGAAAAGGAAGAGGAGGGGGAAGAUGAAAGGAUAGAUAAUGUAUAUGCAUGCGGAGCCGCUUCAAGAAACGCGUCACUGGCAAGGAGACAGAGAUGAAGAGUGAAUGUCAGGAAAUGAGAGAACGGCAGGAAGAAAAGAGCUUGGAAAUUUUUUUUUGUAUAAUUAAAGGUCAUCGGCCGCGUCCCCCAGCCAUCAUUGCACGUUGUGAGUUAAUUAUGAGUAUUGUGAUGGUCUUACAUGACUUUCUCUCUCUUUUUUUAUUUAUUUUUUUUUUUUUUUAAGAACA